UUGUGAAUGACCAAAGAACAAGUAAUGGCUCUGCCUGUUAAUUAUCGUACAGCACAACAGUCUACCCCACAAGUUGCUCCUUCUUUAGCACAAAGACUUCGCCAACCAUUUGGUAGUACAAACAACAGUUCACAGUCACAGACAAAUGGUCCUUUUAUCACUAACCCCCAUGGAAACCCCACUUUUAAUCCAGUUAAAUUGGGACAGAGAGCCAGUAAUGAUGUCCGUGUGCCAAAGGCUCCUAAGCCCCCAGAGAAACCUUUGAUGCCAUAUAUGAGAUACAGCAGAAAGGUAUGGGACCAAGUGAAAGCAGACAACCAGGAGCUGAAGCUGUGGGAGAUAGGGAAGAUUAUAGGAGGCAUGUGGAGAGACCUGCCUGAUAUUGAAAAGCAGGAAUUCUUGGAUGAAUAUGAAGCUGAAAAGAUUCAAUACAAUGAAAACAUGAAGAUGUACCACAACUCUCCGGUUUAUCAGGCUUAUGUACAAGCCAAGGGCAAAGCUGAGGCAGCAUUAGAAGAAGAACAGAAGGAACGAGAACGAGAAAGAACUCGUGGUCGGACUGAACCAAGAAUUAGCAUUCAGCCAGCUGAGGACGAGGAUGAUUUUGAUGAUGGUUUCUCUGUGAAGCAUGUUGCUGCAGCACGUUACCACAGAAACCACCGUCUGAUCAAUGAGAUCUUCAGUGAGGCAGUGGUGCCAGAUGUGAGGACUGUGGUCACCACAGGACGGAUGGCUGUACUCAAGAGACAGGUGCAGUCUCUGCAGACACACCAGAAAAAGUUGGAAAGUGAGCUCAAGCAGAUUGAAGAAAAGCAUGAAGAAAAGAAAAGAAAAUUCAUCGAAUCCAGUGAAGAAUUUCAUCGUGAUCUGAAAAAGCUGUGUGAAAACAAACCAGUGAUUACUGAGGAGCAAUUCACUGAGAUGAUAGAGAAAGCCAAGGUAGACCUCAUAGAGAGGCAGAAGCAGAUGGCCAUUAUGCAGCAACAGGAGCGAGAACGCCGUGAGAAAGAAGAGCAGGAACGAAAAGAGCGUGAAGAAGAAGAGAGACUGGAGAUGGAGAAGCAGCAGGAGGCAGAGAGGAAGCAGCAAAUUACUGAGGAUGAACAGCAUGCAGGCAAGACUGACAGUGAGACUCCAGGGGAAGAGACUGGGGACACUGACAUGCAAAAAGCACAGAUAAAAGGGGAUACACAUCCAACACAAAAUGGUGCUAUGGAGAAAACUUAUGGCCUAGAGAAGAUGGAGACAGAUGAUGGGCCUCCAACUCUUAAGAAGAUGGGUGAUACUCCACUGGGCAGUCCAAACAACCAGGCUGAGAGCAUGGCACAGCUGGAGCGGGUCAAAUCUCCUGCAAAUGGGGGCUAUAAAGAAAGCACAAAAUCUCCUGUGAAAGAAGGCUGGAAAGAUGAGUACCCAAACCAGAAAUCCCCAGGGCGAGACAGGCGGGAGGAGGAACGUUUUCCAGAGGAGAAUAGACGUGAUUUUGAAGAUCUGAAGUCCCCAGCAUCCAUGGCCAGUACAGUGUCCUACACAGAGGACGAUGACUAUGAGGAUGAAGAAGACGAGGAAGAAGACAGUGGCUGCUUGGGUAAAUCAAAGACAGCAGACAAGGAGAAAAAGAAAGAGAAAAAAUCCAAGAGUAAAAAUAGGAAGAAUGAUGGCGACGUUCCGCGACCCCAUAUUUGUGAGGUUUGCACCAAGGCAUUCAAGCAUCGCCACCAUCUCAUUGAGCAUACUCGCUUGCACACAGGCGAAAAACCAUACCGCUGUAACCGCUGCGGUAAGAGAUUCAGUCAUAGUGGAUCCUAUUCACAACAUAUGAAACAUCGCUUUAAAUACUGCAAAACCAAAGGGGGUGCUGGUAAAGAGGAAGAAGAUGAUAGUGAAUAGUAAGCAAAGAGACAAGUCCAACAGCCAUGACAUAAUAUGCAGGACUUCCAUCUGUUUACAGUACUUACCCGUCUUGCUCAUCAUUUCAAUUUCUUGGUGGCUGAUUAUGUCCCAGAAGCAACAUGACCUUCAAAUGAUCACACACAAUGUUCCAGUGUCACAGGGUUCACAGUUGGCAAGAGAUGUCUCCAACCAGGCAAAUGGAGACUAAGGAUUGCAAUGUGAUUAAGUACAAAAUAGAAAAAAACUACAAAUCUGCAACAUUGGGGAAUUUCUUUUACUUACAGACUGUCAAUUAUCAAUUCCAAACUCAAGAAUACCUUAAUAAUACUUUUAAAGACAUGUUUGUUUGCAUAAGCCAAGUGAAUAUAUCCCCUGUAUUAUCAAAAAUGAAAAAAAAAAAUGCAAUUUGAAUUUGAGAACUUGGCUGGCCCUUCAAAUGCUUAAUGCAUGGUGGAAGUUGUUUAUAAGCUGUAAAUUUUGGCCAAUUUGGGAUGAUUUCAUGCUUGAGUAUAUAUUUAAAGAUGUUACUUAUAUUCAAGAGUUUUAAGUAUUUUUCGAGCUAAAAUUCGCCAAGUAGUGUAAUUUACAAGCCUCCCUCACCCCCAUGCUGUAAUAUAUUAGAAAUCUCGCACUGGCAGAAGAAUCUCAGUGUUGUCAUCUCCACAUCUCUAGCCCUGGCAUUAACACUGGGAAGGCUUUCAUGUAAUCUCAUUACUAUAUAUGGAAAAAUGCCUCGCACUAGUAUUAGGCCUCUCGUUUUUAGUAAAAAAAAAAACUGAACCAAGACAGCUGCAGCUACGUGUCUUAUAAAGAGUAAGUCUUCAUCUGUGAACAGGUGGAUUGAAGAAUAGGGCUGGCUGAUCUGGCUCAGCACAGUAGGAAAAGUGAACUUCCACAUUCAUUUGCUUGAGUAUAUUUCAUUUAAAAUUUAUUGUUCUUAACUGGUAGAUAGAGAAUUCUGUUGUUUAGGCAUGUGGAGCUUUUUCUCCUCCCUCACUCAUCAGAUCUCAUGUGUCAGGGAAUGGCAUAAUUUAGACAAUACUUGUUCUUUUUAUAUACAGACAUGGUCUGGAUAUACUCUAAUCUCCAGUCUUUAAUGAUGUCGUCUGAAGCAAAUAUAUAUAUAUAU